AGUAUUCUACAGUUUUAGGGCGUCAACUGAGUAAGACUACAAUUCCCAGCGUUCCUUUAGUCUCCAACUCGAAACUACAUCCGGUACAUCUGUUAGCUUACAGCGGAAAUGGUCCGUUUGUUGUCAUUUUGCUCUUGAACAACACGUGAGAGUUUUAUUUAACUUCACUCUGCACAGUAACUUAAGUCAAAUGCUCGUUCGUCGCUGGUUUAGAUUGUGUAACCAUGUAGUUUCACAGAGUAGAGGAGAAAGAGGGGGAUGGACUACACUGAUGGGACACAGCAGACUGAAAUAUGCUAAGGUGACACAGGUGCAGCACUGGGGUAAAAUAGUCCCCAAACGCUUCGUUCACGGUGAUCUAGGGGAUUUGUACAAGAACGACUCCGUUAAGAGAUAUCUUCAUCAGCUCAUAGAGGAAUUCAGGGACAUCAGUAAUAAGUUACACCGUGGGUACCUCAAUGAGCUAGAUAGGAAAGCACUGAUGAAGAAACACACAGAGCUGCUGCCUCUGGCAAAUGUGUUCAGAAGUAUUGAACAAGCCAAGAAAGACCUUGAAGAAAUCCUUUCAAUUAUACACAAUUCAGCUAACACCAAAGACGAGGAUGAGCAUCUGAUCCAGCUGCUGAAAGAUGAAGAGGCAGAAAUAUCAAACAAAAUUUUGGCCUUAAGAAAAGAUCUGAUAAAAGCUCUUAUCCCCAGUGACCCUCUUGACUCAAGUGAUGUUGUGUUAGAAGUUGUAUCAGGACGAACAACAGGAGGUGACAUCUGUCAGCAAUUCACCAGAGAAAUGUUUGACAUGUACCAGGGUUUUGCCUACUACAAGAACUGGGACUUCGAAGUUUUGAACUACAUGCCUGCAGACUAUGGAGGAUUGCACCAUGCAGCGGUGAGGAUAGCCGGAGAGAACGUGUAUAAACAUCUGAAGCAUGAAGGAGGGACGCACCGGGUGCAAAGGAUCCCUGAGGUGGGCCUCUCCUCCAGAAUGCAGCGUAUUCACACAGGAACUAUGACAGUCGUGAUCCUGCCGCAGCCAGUAGAGUUUGAUGUCCACAUUGACCCAAAGGAUCUUCGAAUUGACACGUUCAGAUCGCGAGGUGCCGGAGGCCAAAGUGUCAACACGACAGACAGCGCUGUGCGAAUAGUUCAUCUUCCGACUGGUAUAACGGCUGAAUGCCAGCAGACUCGCUCUCAGCUGCAGAACAGAGACACCGCCAUGCGUGUGCUGAGGGCGAGACUCUACCAAAGCAUGAUGGGUAAAGAGACCGAGCUGAGGCACAUGGCACGAAAGCAGCAGGUGGGCACACGCGCUCAGUCAGAAAGGAUUCGUACCUACAACUUCAGCCAGGAUCGUGUCACAGAUCACCGCACUGGAUAUGUCACCAGAGACAUUAAGGAGUUUAUGAGAGGAGGGGAGGCCCUCAACGAGCUGAUUUCUGACGUAGCUGAACACGCUGAACGGGAAGCUGUGAUGGAGGUGGUGGAGACCAGCAACAGCAGUCUGACGCGACCUGAGACGGGACAGUUUGCAGACUGACUCUCAAGCUGCAUAUCACAUGUUCAGCAUUAAUGGUGCAAUUCAUGCUUGUGCAAUAGUCACACUCCAAAAAGUGCAACUUUGACUCAGAAUUAAGAGGUUUUUGUAAUAAAACUUAACUUA